AAAUUCACCUCUCAGCUGUUCAAGCAAAACAAAAUCUUUCGUCUCAAGUUUUUCGAGAGUCCUUUGCAAUUUACAUGGAGACCGAAGCUGGAUCGUCUGCUCCUGAGGGCAGACUGCGAUUCAUCAUCCAGGAAAUUGAGGAAGAACAGCCAGUGAAGAAGGAAUUCAAGUGUCCUCAGUGCUCCAAAGUCUUCCGGGAGCAGUUAAAUGUGCAGCGCCACUUGAAGACACACACAAAUCUACUGCCCUAUCCUUGCAGCUUCUGCAAGGAGUCCUUCAAGACAAUCCUGCUUCUCACGCAACAUCUCAAGGCGCACUGUGGAGAGAAGAUCAGUCGCACGGAGAGGCGUGCUGACCAUGUUCCGAAGAAGAAUAGCAGAAAACGGCGGAAGAGACGGGAAAUUGCCCGGAUUUUCAAUUGUCUCUACUGCAAGAAGACAUUCUCAUGCGAGAUGUAUGCCAAGCGACACAUUAAGAAUGUGCACAGAGGUUUUCCUCUAGAGAUGAUUGACGGUCCGGUGGAUUGUGUCAUCUGCCAGAAGUCUUUCGGCGAUCUGGAGACUCUGAAGGAGCACGUGCGGAGUCAUGAUGCGGAAGCCUUCGAGUGCGCUCACUGUGGCAAGAGAUUCUUCAGUAGGUACGCAAUAAGACGACAUGUACAGAUGGUUCACAUCAAGGCCCACGUCUCACUGCCCUGUCCGCAGUGUGACAAGGUGCUGAGAGGCACAAAGGCAUUCCUCAGGCAUCAGCAGAGUCACAGCAAUCAAGAACCUUUUAAAUGCUGCUUCUGCCCGAAGAAGUUCAAGCUGCAGUCUUUCCUGGACAAACAUCUGGCGCUGCACAUCGAAGAGAGGCCGGGCAUUCCGUGUGGAAUCUGCGGAUGUGUGCUGAAGUACAGGCAGAGCUGGAAGAAACACAUGCGGAUGCACGAAAGCGUGACUGAAGACCUGACUUGCUCGUUCUGUAAGAAGAAAUUCAUCUACAGGGCGCGUCUGGAGACGCAUCAGCAGCGAUAUCACAAGUAUCUGGAGUGUCCUUAUUGCGACAAGAAGCCUGGGUCGCAGAAGUUCCUGGAGGAGCACAUAAGAGAGCAUCACAAGGGCUUUCCCGUGGAGAUAAAGAAGGAAAUAAGAGGUGAAAAGCCCGAUGAGAAGCACAAACUGACAGUGGACUCCAGGGCCAGCAUGGAUCUCGCCGAUGCGCAUGAAAUCAAUUUCCUGGACGGGACCAUGGUGAAGGAUGAGUUCACAAUACGUGAAAUAGAGUUGCAGGAUUCAGAUUUUGAGAAUCCUGAGAAACCCCCUGAUGCCCAGUCGGAAUUGGUACAAUUUGUGAUAACGGAGUUCAGGGAGCGCGACCAUAAGUGUCCCAACUGCGACAUGGCAUUCUACGAGGCGUCGCAUCUCAGGCUGCACAUGGUGAAGCACAGGAAGGUGGAGACUUUCCACUGUCGCCAGUGCUUCAAGUCCUUCAAGGACAAGGACAAGCUGCGGACGCACCUGAAGUCGCACGGGAAGGUGCUGCCACGCGAGCACAAGUCGCGCGAGCGGAGAGUGUCGCUGGGCCAGAAAGUGCCGCAGAAGCGCAAGGCGCAGGAGGACGAGACAUUCAGGAUCACAGGCUAUCACAGGGAUCAGUUCGACAGGCACGCCGGCGAGAGAUUGCGCCGGUGUAAGCUGUGUCGCGAGGGCUUCUACGAGGAGACCGAGCUGGAGGAUCACAUGGAGCUGAUUCACAUCUGGUACAAGGACUCCAUGGAGAAGGACCGACCGGAGGACUUGGAGCUGAUCUGUGGCUUCUGUGGGAAGCGCUUCAAGACAAAGUACCUCAAUAGGCAACACAUCAAGCUCAUUCAUAGCGAAUCCAGGGACAUCAAGUGCUACAUCUGCUCCCGAACAUUUCCCAACUCAAUUUGGCUCCACAAGCACUUGAGGGAUUGCCAGGCGCAGAAUAAACAAAUCCUUGUGAUGCCUCUCCAUGUGUUUGUUGAAGGAUCUCUUCUUAAUGUACGUCUUCCAACAUCCUGGACAAUUUAUGUAGGUGAUUUCCUUGCUCUUCUCGUGAUUCUUCUCAUGAUCUCUCAGUGUAGAUUUCCUCUUCAGCUGCAAUCCGCAGAUUUUGCACGGGAAAAGUGGUCGAUCCUUGUCGUGGAGAAUCAUGUGAUUCUUCAGGAAUUUCCUGCCCUUGAACACCUUCAGGCAAAUCAUUUUCUUCUCGCCAACAUGGGCAAAGGUGAUGUGAUCCCUGACUCGCCUCUUGUUGAUGUAGGUUUUUCCGCACUCAGCACACUCGAAAGGCUUCUCCAGCGGAUGAAUCUGCACGUGACUCUUCAGAUUCUCAAAGUCCUCAAACACCUCACUGCAAAUUGUGCACGAGAUGACAUCACAGCCGGGAUCAUCGGGAAGCCCUCUGUGGAACAUGUCCAUGUGACUCCUGAAGCCAUCGUCAUUCCUGUAGGUUCUAGUGCAGUAGGCGCACUUGAGCGUCUUGUCUCUGUGUCGCAUCAGGUGCUUCUUGAGAUAGUACUCCCUGCCGAAGGACUUGCCGCAGAUCUUGCAGCUGUAGGGCUUCGCCGUGUUGUGCACCAGCAUGUGUCUCUCCAGGUAGAACUUGUGCUUGAACUUCUUGCAGCACACAGGACACUCUUCAUUCCUCACGUCGCUGUGCAUCAGCAAGUGCCUCUCGUACUUGGUCUUGUUCCAGAACAUCUUCUCACACUCUGCACACUUGUAGCUGAUUGUGGACAAUUCGCUGGGCUUCUUGCCCUCGUGAACUUCCAGGACAUGUCGCCGGACGCUUGUUUUGUCUCUGAAGUCCUUGCGGCAAAUCGCACACUGGAACUUCCUCUCAUCGCUGUGUCUCUUCACGUGAGCCUUGAGGCAGGGCGGCGUCUUGAAGAACUUCCCGCAGAUGACUUUGCACGACAACAAGGGUCUGUCCUUCUUGUGAAUCUCCAGGUGUCUGAGCAAAUUGUAAUUCCUGGGGAAGGAUUUAUCACAGUCCUUCUCGUCGAGGAAUUCCUUCUCACACAUCUCACAUCUGCUCAUCUCCUCACUGGGAUGCUUCCUGGUGUGAUCCUUCAGCGCCUCCAGUGUCUGGAAAGCCUCUUUGCAGAUUGUGCACACUGGAGGAUCAUCAGGAUCCACCGGAAGUCCCCUGUGCAGAACUGUGAUGUGUUUCCUCAAGCCCUCUUGGCUCCUCAUCGGCGCCUUGCAGUAGAAACAGUUGACAUUCCGCCCCAAAUGCGUGAUGCCGUGCUGAGUGAGAGCGGACUUCUUCUUGAAUCCUUUGCCACACACGCCACAGACGAAGGGCUUGUCCUGUCUGUGCACGUGCAGAUGCUCCCUCAGAUUCCGCUCAUGCUUGAACUUCUUCGCACACAGCGAACACUCAAUGUCCUUCGUUUGGCUGUGCACGGACACGUGUCGCUCGAAGAGAGUCCUGUUGUAGAAGACUUUCUCGCAGUGCUGACAAGAGAAGCGCUUCCCUGGAAGCUGGGAAUGAAUUCUCUGGAUGUGACGCCUCAUGUCGUGCUUGUCGUUGAAGGCUCUUCCGCAUUGUUCGCAUUCAAACUUGGUGUCUGUGCCAUGCCUGGCGAUGUGGCCUUUCAGGGAUUGUUGAGUCUUCAGGAGUUUUCCGCAAAUUGUGCAAGGAAAGAUGUGCUUUUGCGGGUGAAAAAGGAGCCAGAAUCGACUGAGUGUAGCUUCCUGAAGGCGAAGGAAGAGGUGGCCGGGGAAAAUGGGCCAGUUGAGGAGCAGGGAAAUGCGAAUUUAUUCUGCCACGCUUGCGAGAGGCAAUUUUAUGAUCAGGAGGAGUACGAUGUGCAUCAGGAGCAGCACAUGCAGUGUCCCUACUGCGAAAAGUGGCUUCCCACCAAGCGUGGUCUCAAGUUACAUGUGCACUAUCUUCACAGUGGCCUUCCGUGGAUCAUCGCAGAUGGUCCACAGAGGUGCACAGCUUGUGGCAAGACAUUUAAGAAUCUCACAGUGCUGCAAUCUCACGCAGAGAGUAAACAUCAAAAGGGACGGAAGUCUUCGGCCAGGAAGUCUGUGGCGAGAUCCUCAACAUUCCAGAUUACUAUGGUUGAUUUGACCAGUGAUCAGGGCACCAGUGGACGUGUUGGCCAGAGAAUUAGUCAGGUGAAAGUGGAGAGAAGCCUGCCAAAUGGACUCUUUCACGCUGCGAAUGAUUUUCACUGCAGAAUCUGCGGUGAGACAUUCAGAAGUGAGGAGAACCGAUUGAAGCAUGUCCUGCAGGUGCACGAAAUCUCCCAAGGAACACAGGAGAGUGUCUCCUGCUCGUACUGCAAUGUGAAAUGCAGGAAUAGUUAUCGUCUGGAGUUGCACAUAAGAGAAUCUCAUCGAGGAUUGCCCACAUUUAUUGAAGAUGGUCCAAUUUCUCGGGGUGUUUGCUUUGUGGCCUUAAACAGAGUGGAAAAUGAAAAGUUCACACAACCCUUGAGGUACGCGUGCACGAGUUGCGGUGAGAAGUUUGCGGAGAAGGUGAAAUUAAAGAGUCACAUCCUUCAAAUGCACGGCAACAGUGACACGGGAAAGAGUGGCUUCCCAUGCAAUGUGUGCGGAGCUGUUUUGCAGCACAAACUGUCCUUCGAGCGACACCUUGUGUUGCAUGACAACAGUCUGGGCACCGUCAAGUGUCCGCAGUGUCCGAAGAGCUUCCUCAGGCAGUGUGAUCUGGACGAACACUUGCCGCGUCACAGUCAAGAGCGACCCUUCAAGUGCUCCGACUGCAGUUUGUCGUUCAAGAAGCGGAGAGGUCUGCAGCAGCACAGACUGCUGCACGACACGGGCCCCACAAUGUGUCCGUACUGCACGCGACACUGUCUGAAUGAGGCUCGAUUGCGAUUCCACGUGCGGAAGUGCCAUCGCGGGCUUCCGGCGAAGAUCACCGAUGGCCCUGUCAGUUGCACCAUCUGCAAGAUGUCCUUCGACAGUCUGGAUGCCCUGAUGAGUCACGCCACGAUGCUGCAUGCCACGGCAAUGAAGCCCUGCCGGUGCAAAUACUGCGGCGAGGAGUUCCUCGAUCACAACGAGCGACAAGUGCACAUUCAGCAGAACCAUGACAAUGAGUCCCAGGGCAUCGUGCAAUUGUCCUACAAAUCCUAUCGCUGUGAUGAGUGUGGCAAAGUGUUGUCCAGCAAGAAUAACUUCGAGCGACACGUGAUGAAGCACAAGAACGUGGGCAGUUUCGAGUGCACCAUCUGUCCAAGGAAGUUUGCCUAUCAAUCUGAGCUGAGGCAACAUGUGAGAGUGUGUCUGAGGCGACAGAAGAAGAGUCAGACGGCACAGUGUCCGCAUUGUCUGGUGAAAUUCAAGACACAGGAGCGCUUUGAGAAGCACAUGAUGAAACUCCAUCCCGGAUUGCCGAAGAGCAUUUCAGGUAAGGGACACAUUGAGUGUAGCAUUUGUGAGAAGUCAUUCGACAGUCUGGAUGAAUUGAGGACACACGCUGCGGCACAGCAUCCCGUUGAGCGGCCGGUGGAGUGUAGAUUUUGCGGAGAGACAUUCCAGGAUGAGGAGGAGAAGAGAGAUCACAUUGACGAAGUUCACCGAAGGCACAUUUGUGAUGUUUGCAAGAGAUUCUUUGACAACAGAGACGCUCUUUUGCUGCACAUGGAGACACACGAGACAAAGAAGAAUUCCCGCAGACAUAAUGAAUCGUAUGAGUGUGAGAAAUGCGGAGAGAUGUUUAGUAAGAAGUUAACACUGAAGAUUCACAUGUUCCGAAGGCAUUUGAGCAAAGCAACAAGUACGGAAAAGGGACCAUUUCCUUGCAAGAUUUGUGGUAAAGUUCUUGCCAAGAGGACAACACUGAAGCUACAUGUGUUGCGACACGAGGGAUCGCUGAAGUUUGAAUGUUCGCGAUGUUCAAAGACAUUUCAGUCAAAUGUAGAUCUGAGGAAGCACGUGAGGACACACAAUAUAAGGAGAAUCUACAAGUGUAGAAUUUGUGGGAAGGGAUUCAAGGGAAGUGGAGCUCUUGGGCGACACGCAAUGGUUCACGAGAAUCCACCGAAAGAGUGUCCACAUUGUGGCAUGAAGUGCAGAAAUGAGGAGACUUUCCACAGUCACAUGACGACAUUCCAUCGUGGACUUCCGCUGGAGAUUGGCAAUGAAGGAGGUCCGUUCGAUUGUGGUGUCUGUGGAGUGUCUUUUAAGAUAAUUGAGGCUCUGCAGAAUCACUGUUCAGCUGAACAUCCGUGCGAGAAGCCUUUCAAGUGCAUGAAUUGCCAGGAGACAUUCAGUGACAAACAGGGAAUGGAGAAACACUUCCAAGAGACACAAGAAUGCCAACUGAAACACGCCUUGUAUUCCACAUCUGGACCAUUUACGUGUAAUUUGUGUGGCAAAGUGUUUAUUCAGCGGCACUCGAUGGAGAGUCACAUGGUGCAGAAGCACAAUGCCAAGGGGAAAUACAAAUGUUCGAGCUGCAAUAGAGAGUUCGCCUACAUUAGUCAGUACAAGCAGCAUCAAAUGGCCAAGAGAUCGUGUCGCAGGGGAUUCAAGACGACGGUGAGGAGCGUGAGGAGAGUCAAGGCGACUUACAGGCGACGAGCUAGACGGUUUGAGUGUAAAUACUGUGACAAGGUUUUGCGGUGUGAAAAGACAUUUAAGCAUCACAUAAAGUGCCACAAAGAGAGUGGAAUUGAUGAGUCUUCCUUGAAGUAUGAAUGCGAGAAGUGUGGACAGAGAUUUAUAGAUGAAAUCACAGUGAAACUGCACAUUCUACGCUGGCAUGUUAUGAGUCGCAUCAUGGAUAGCUACAAAGGCAGCGGACCUUUCACGUGCAAACAGUGUGGAAAGGUGUUGAUUCGCAGACACACUUUGAGGCGUCAUUUGCACAGACAUGCCAAUGAUUUGGGCAUAAAGUGUCCACUAUGUCCGAAGUCUUACAUGUUAAGGUUGGAUUUGAGAGAACACAUAGCAUCACAUUCGAAGGAUAAGGCAUUCAAGUGUGGUGUUUGUGGGCAAGCAUUCAAGCAAAAGCGAUAUUUGAUGUGUCACAAGAAGAAGAUGAUGUGUUUUAAGAGUAAGUUACUUGAUUAUGAGAACAUCAGUUGUCCGUACUGCAUGAAAGAGUUCAAAUUGAAGUACAUCCUCGUGAGACACUUGAAACGCUUUCACCGAGGACUUCCGCAAGUCAUCACGACAGACGGUCCUUUUCGGUGUUACGUGUGCCAGACGAAGAGUGAGACACUUGAGGAUCUCAAGGAGCACUGUGCUGUUCAGCAUCCCUGCGAGAAGCCCAUCAGAUGUCACAAGUGUGGAGAGAGAUUCACACAGAGAAUAGAGCUUAGUGAUCACAUGCAGAGUGGAAAAUGUGUCAAAAGGAGAAUUUUGGUGCACAGAUCGAAGGUAUCGAGCAGGAUGAAGAGAAUAUCGGCGCGACAUGCCUGCAAUAUCUGCGGAAAGGUGAUGCGUUAUCAUUUCAAUCUUGAGCGACACAUGAUCGACGCACACGCGCAAGCUGGGCGAUUCCAGUGUGAGAUUUGCUCCAAACAGAUAUCACAUCAGAGUGUCUACACGGUGCACAUGAAGAGAUGCAUGGACAGUAGAUACUGUGCUUACUGCAGCAAACUGUGCUGGACUUCGGUGCGACUGGUCAAUCAUGUGCAUAGACACCAUCAGAGUCUUCCGGUGGACAGCAGAAAUCAUCCUUUGGACUGCAUAGCGUGUGAGAAGUCAUUUGGCAAUCUUCAAGAGUUGAAUGAUCACCAUAAAGAUACGCAUUAUGGUGAGGAGCGCUUCGAGUGUGUGCGAUGCAAGAUAACUUUUGACAGCAGAGAAGAGAGAAUGUAUCACUUUACCUUUCAGUGCAGGAAGAAUAAUCAGCAUAUUAAGUCAGAUAUCUGUUGCAACAUCUGUGGAAUGUUCUUCAGGAAGAGGAAAUAUCUUGAAUUGCACAUGAGUAGACAUGAAGCGGCAGAUGAUGCUGCAUUCUUUCUGUAUGAGUGUGAAAAGUGUGGUCAGAAGUUCAAUGAUGAGAUGAAAGUGAAGCUUCACAUUUUCCGCAUACACUUGAAAUUGAUGGCAAAAUAUCAGGGCAAUGGACCAUUUACGUGCAAAGAUUGUGGCUCAUUUCACGUGCGUAAGGCGAAUUUUGAGUUGCAUCUGAUGAGACAUGAAACUAGUGAGAAUUUCCCAUGUUACAAGUGUCCAAUGAAGUUCUUGUCAAUGCGAAGCAUGGAGAUUCACAUGAAGUAUCACAGUCGGACGUACAAAUGUGAGCAGUGUGGAAAGAAAUUCAAGAGCAGAGGCGUUCUGAGGCGUCACACGGUGAGGCAUGAAGUGGAAAAUGCCAUGACUGCUGAAUGUCCGUAUUGUGGCAUCGUGUGUGAGAGUAAGAGUGAUUUUCACGUGCACGUGGAGACAUUCCAUCGAGGUCUGCCGGUGGAGAUUGGCGAAGAAGGACCAUUUAGUUGUAGUGCUUGUGAGCAGACUUUUGACACACUUGACGAUUUGCAGGCUCACUGUUUGACUGAACAUCCUUGUGAGAAGCCAUUUGACUGCAAAAUGUGCCAACAAACAUUCGUCAACAAGACAGAAAUGCAGAAACACACUGAAGAAAGAACAGAAUGUCGAGAAAUUGAAGAGAAAAGCGCCGUGAAUGCCAGAACAGAGAUGGUUCCGUGCACGGUGUGCGGAAAGGAGAUGCAGGCGAGUUCAUUGGCCAAUCACAUGGUCAAUGUUCAUGGCAUUGGAGGGAAGUUUGAGUGUCAAUUCUGUCUGAAGAAGUUCCUGCAUCAGGGACGCCACAGAGCUCAUGUGCCGCUGUGCAGGAAACUCAUGUCGCGCGUGCAAGAGUGUGAUUAUUGUGCCAAGAAGUGCAAAGGGAGGCAAUUGCUGGUGAUUCACGUGCAGAAUCUCCAUCCUGGACUGCCAGUUGACAAUGUUUAUGGUCCAGUGAAUUGCAAAUUGUGCGGAGAAUUAUUCGAAAGCACACAAUUUCUCAUAAGUCACGCAAAUGUUGAGCAUCCAGUUGAGAAGCCUUUUGAAUGUAAGACUUGUGGAAAUGCAUUUGCCAGUGAGAAGGAGAAGGAAAUUCAUGUGGAAGAAAUACAUCCAAAGCAAAGAUUUCCGUGUCCCAUUUGUGGAAUUGUGUACGCUAGGCAACAUUCACUUGGUCAACAUGUGCAGAGACAUGAAAAGGACGGUGUUGAUGCGUCUGCAUUUAAGUUUGAGUGUGAGAAAUGUGGACAGAGAUUCAGUGAUGCGAUUAGAGUGAAAAAUCACAUUUUGCAUAAACAUUUGAGUGCUGAAGUGGAAAACACCAUUGAGAGGAUUGAGAGAUCGUCCAGAGUCAUGGGAUGUUUGUAUUGUGGCAAGGAGUGUAUCAAUCAGGAGCACUUUAUGGCGCACAUCAAUACAUUUCAUCGUGGACUUCCGAUGGAGAUUGAGGAAGAGGGUCCGUUCUAUUGCAGUGCCUGUCCGAAGAUAUUCAAGAUUUUUGAGGCUCUGCAGGAUCACUGCCAGGCGCAUCAUCCCUGUGAGAAUCCCUUCAGAUGCAAUCACUGCCAGUGGACGUUCGCCAGAAAGCUGGAAAUGGAGGCUCACUUGGUGGCGAACAAGCAAUGUCAGACGACAAAGAGUCAUUCGAGUGAACUGACGUCCUGUGAAUUCUGUGGCAUUCAGAUAACCAGGCGCAAUUUUGAGUAUCACAUUGUGCAUCGGCACGGAAUUGGGGGAAAGUUUGAGUGUCAAUAUUGUGCAAAGAGAUUUCUCUACCAAAGAGAAUUUGGGAGACAUGAGAAUUUCUGUCGCGACAAGCUGGGCUGGAAGAAGAAGUGUCCCUACUGUCCGAGAGUGUGCAAGGAUAGUGAGCUCCUGACACUGCAUGUGCACGUCCUUCAUCCGGGUCUUCCAGUUGAAAUCAAGGAUGAUGAAAUUCAGUGUGUAAUUUGCAAAGAGGAGUUUAAGUAUCUUGACAAUCUCAUGGAUCACGCUCGUGAGCAACAUCCUGUUGAGAAGCCCUUUGAGUGCCAAAUCUGUGGACAAUGUUUUGUUGCUGAGCAAGAGAAGAGUUGUCACAUGAAGGAAAAACACAUGAAUUCCGAAUGUGAACUUUGUGGAAAGAAUUUCUCGUGUGAAAAAGCACUCAGUCGACAUUUGCAGCGACACAAGAAGAGAGGAGUUGAUGCAUCACAGUACAAGUUUAAGUGUGAAAAGUGUGGAUUGAAGUUUCGUCGUGAGAUUCAAGUGAAAUUUCACAUUUUGCGACAUCAUGUAAAUUCAUCUCUAUCGGAUUACACGGGAAAGGCGCCGUACACUUGCAAAGAGUGUGGCAAAAUCAUGCAACGCAGAGAUUAUCUAGAGCGACACUUGCUAAAGCAUGGCAGUACUAAAGGUGUUCCGUGUGAAAAGUGUGGUAAACUCUUCCUCAGUGAAAUGAUGUACACGACACACAUGAAGAAUCAUGCGAAGAACAAGGCUUUCAAUCCACACCUUUAUUCGUUUAAGCAUCGUAAGCAUGUUAAGGAGCACACGAAUCAUACCAGAUUCAAGCAGUGUUGCUAUUGUGAUCAGGAUUGUCAGAAUGAGGAGACUUUCCACAGUCACAUGACGACAUUCCAUCGUGGACUUCCGCUGGAGAUUGGCGAUGAAGGAGGUCCGUUCGAUUGUGGCGUCUGUGGAGUGUCUUUUAAGAUAAUUGAGGCUCUGCAGAAUCACUGUUCGGCUGAACAUCCGUGCGAGAAGCCCUUCAAGUGCAUGAAUUGCCAGGAGACAUUCAGCAAGAAGCAAGCAAUGAUGGAUCACUUCCAAGAGAAUGAGGAAUGCUACAAAAAUCGAUUGAAUUGCCGUAUUUGUGCUAAACGCUGCAAUAAUCAAUUCAAACUCUUGCGUCACAUUCAAAGCCACGGAAGAGAGUUAAUCGGUGAGUCGGCAUACAAGUAUGAAUGCGAAAAGUGUGGACAGAAGUUUAGUGAUGAGAUGAGAGUGAAGCUUCACGUCUUCCGGAAGCAUUCAAAUGAGAAGAGCUUUCUCAACGAUGUGUCAAUGGUGAAGACACAGACAGAGCGUCGCAAGAUGUCAUUUCUGUGCAAGACUUGUGGGCAAUCUUUCACAAUUGAGAAGAGUUACUUGACACACAUUGCGAAGCACACGGCAGAAUAUAAGGAAUGUCCAUAUUGUGGAUUGAUUUGCGCCAGUGAAGAUGAUUUUUUGCAGCACUUGGAGACUUUCCAUCGCGGUCUUCCGGUGGAGAUGGAGGAGGAAGGACCGUUCAAUUGUGGUGUUUGUGAGGAGCGUUUUAAGAUAAUUGAGGCGCUGAUUGAUCAUUGUUUACUUGAACAUCCAUGCAAUCCACCUUUCACGUGUCUGAAUUGCCAUGGCGCAUUUAGCAGUUUGCGUGAAGUUGCUGAUCACUUGCAGCAGAAUGGAAAAUGUCCAGAAAAUUCAACGAAGACAUUCGACUGUGAUUUGUGUGGGAGACAACACUACUCUAUUCCAGCGUUGAAGCGUCAUUUGGUGCUGUCGCACAAUAUUGGAGGGAAAAUCAAGUGCCAACAAUGUCCGAGGAUGUUUACCUUUCCCAGUGAUGUUAUCAGUCACACGGAAAUGUGCCACAAGCCGAAAAUGCAAUUGCUAGAGUGUCCGUAUUGUGGUGUGAAGUGUGAGAAUAAGGAGCGCUUUGUGAUGCACGUGGACAGACUUCACACAGGUCUUCCGAUUCCCUUGACUGAACCCUUGGAGGACGGUCCCGUCGCCUGUAUUGCCUGUGGAGAGGCAUUUGAGUGUCUGGAUGAUCUGAAGAAGCACGCAAGUGUGCAACAUUUGCCUGAGGAGGCGUUUGAGUGUAAGACUUGUGGGGAGACAUUCGUCACGGAGGUGGAAUUGGACAAACACAUUCACGAGGGACACUCGAGUCCAAAAUUCACUUGUAUCGUGUGCAAAAACACAUUUGAACAUCACGAAACGUUGCUGGGACAUUUGAAGAGGCAUGAAGAUGAGGGAAUUGACGUCUCUUCAUACAUGUUUGAGUGUGAAAAGUGUGGAUUGAAGUUCACAGAGGAACUUCAAAUGCAAUUUCACUAUUUUCGCAAGCAUGUGUUAGACAAAAUGCUGGCUGAAUAUGCAGAAUCUCUCGCGUGUAAAGAAUGUGGCAAAGUGAUGGCGUCUAGGUUGAAUUUGGAGAAGCAUUUCAUGCUGCACGAUCCCACAUUGGGUGUAAAGUGUCCAAAGUGUCCGAGGAGAUUCCUAAUCAACGGUGACAUGGUUUUCCACUCGCGGCGUCACAACAAGAACGUUCCAUUCACUUGUAGGAUUUGCCAGAAGGCAGUGAAAGGACACAUUGAGUACAUUGCUCACUGCACGAGUCACACAACAGGCAAAUUGUCAGCCAACGAGAGUGUUGAAUGUCCGUAUUGUGGCCUGUUGUGGAAGAAGAACUUCAGCAGAGAACGCUUUCUCGAUCAUAUGAGGAAGUAUCAUCGAGGACUUCCGUUGGAAGUUGGUGGACCGUUUGAGUGUCGAGUGUGCAAAGACUUGACAUUUGACUCACUGGAGGCCAUCAAGAGUCACUGUUUGGCUGAACAUCCGUGUGAAAUGCCCUUCAGAUGUAAGAAUUGUCAGCAAAUGUUCGGCCACAAUGUGGACAUUGAGAGGCAUUUGCAGGAAAAUGUCGAUUGUCAAGGUGUUAACAGGAGUUUUCCUCAGAGACGCCGAACAAUUGUGGGACAUUCGAACUAUUGUAGAAAGUGUGGAAAGAUUUUUGACACCCAAGAAGAUCUGCUGAAGCACAAGGAAUCACACGCUGAGGAGUUUUACAGGAGGAGAGCCGAGAAGAAUAUCUCUUUUGAUCCAUCAUUGCCGUAUGAGUGUGAAAAGUGUCAUCAGAGAUUCCAGACGGAGUUCAUUGUGAAGGUUCACAUAAUGCGUGAACAUGUGAGACCAGGAUUGAAGGACAAGAUGAAGGAGUAUUCCCGAAUUGGUCCGUUCACUUGCAAGGAGUGUGGAAAGGUGUUCACUGUGAGAUACUAUCUGGAGAAGCAUUUGCUGUUUCACGAUCCUUCUCUCGGUGUUUCAUGUCCUGAAUGUCCGAGGAGUUUUCUGUCUGAGCCCAAUAUGCUGUUUCACAUGAAAUCUCACAGAAGUGAGCCAAAAGAUCUGUUUGAGUGCAAAGUGUGUGGCAAGAAGUUCAUACGGAAGGCCAAUUGGGAGGAUCACAUGUCUGUGCAUGAUAAUACACCGCAAAAGUGCCAAUAUUGCCAGAUGUCAGUGAAAAAUAUGCAACGUCUCAAGAUUCACAUCAUAAAAUACCAUCCAGGAUUGCCUCACAAUGCCAAAGACGAUGAACCGGUGAAGUGUAGGCUGUGCAAGAGGAAAUUCAACAAUCUCAGUGAUCUGAAGCAUCACACAGCGACGAAGCAUCCACUGAAGAAGGCUGUCAAUUGUACAUUUUGCAGAAAGAAACUCGACAGUGUGGAUGAUAUGGUGAGACAUAUGGAGGAGGAUCAUGGAAACGAAAAUACCGCUUGCAACAUUUGUGGACAAGUUCUGGUCACGAAGUUCGGCAUGACGAGACAUAUGGAAGCGCACGCUUAUGACAAAACGUGUCCAAUUUGCUCAAAGAGAAUCCUGCGAAAAUACUACCAGAAUCAUCUGAACACAUGUCAGGAGAGUCAAUCGCAGGGAAGUGAGCUUUGUCCACAUUGUCCGGCAAAGUGUAUCAGCAGAGAAGUGCUGGAGAUGCACGUUAGUAAAUUCCACACAGGACUUCCUAUUGAGAUUACAGAUGGACCUCUUGAGUGUACAAUUUGCCGAAUGUCCUUCGCUGAGGGCAUCGAAGCGCUCAAGGAUCACGUCGAGGUGGAACAUAUGGAAAUCAACUUGUUCGACUGUGAACGAUGCGAAGAUUCGUUCAGCAGCAAAGAGCAGCUCUAUGAUCACAUUCGUGCGGCGCAUGAAACGCACGAUUGCGCAGAAUGUGGCGAGAAGUUCAGCAGACGGAUCAAAUUGGAGGAUCACAUCAGGCGCCAUCACAGGGCUCCGGAGGAGGACGAGGAGGAGGAGAAUUACGAUGAGGAGGAGGGCCAUGGGGAGGACAUAUGGACGUGUCAGGAGUGCGGGAAGAGCUUGUACAGCGGCAGUGCCUUUAAGCGACACAUGGCCAGACAUGCGGAGCGCAAUGGCGACGUGUGCAGACCGGCGAAUUGUCUGUAUUGCGAUCAGGUGUUCAAGACCAGCGAGUGUCUGGCGGCUCACGUGGCGAUGAGCCAUUGGAGUGUGGCUGUGGAGUGCAGAUACUGCAGUGUAGAGUGCACAAGCAGGCAGAAUCUCAGGUAUCACGUGAACUACGCGCACACAGGACUUCCAGUGGAUGCUCAUGAUGGGCCAAUUUCACCGCUGAUUUGCAAUGUGGCGUUGCUCAAUAUGGACUCACUACUAUAUAUUAAGCAGGAGAAACCGGCUGAUGAGGAGGAGACGGAUGUGGAAGUGAUAGAGAAUGGCGUGCAGUUCAUGCUGGAAGAGACAAUCCAGCGGAGUUGCUCUCGCUGUGGAGAUGUUUUCACCGAUGAGGAUGAAUUCAAUAACCAUGUUCUUAACCAUGGGAUAAGCGUGAUUGAGGACGAAGACUGUUAUUAGGAAUUGGAAGAGUAGUUUUUUAUUGGCAUAAAUAUGGAAUAAAUAAAAGAUGUCUAAAUUAGCUUAUAUGACAUAUCAUGAGUAAUUGGUUUAACGUUAAAUUCCACUUAUUUAGCUUUUAUCCUUUGCUUUUAUUAACCGUGUAAUUACAAGAAAUUCAGUGAAUAAGAAU